AUGUCGACGCCGGCACCACCACCGCGCCCGGACGCAGUCGUGUCGGACCGCAGCGGCAUCGUGGAGAACCGGCACCUGGUGCACGCGGCCGUGGCCGACGCGAGCGGCGCGCUCCUCUUCUCCACGGGCGACGCGGAGCGCGUCACGCUGAUCCGCAGCGUCGCCAAGCCGGCGCAGGGGCUCGCCGUGCUCACUGUGCCCGGGAUGGACGCGCGCCUGAGCGACAAGGACGUGGCGCUCAUGUGCGCGUCGCACUCGAGCGAGGAGGUGCACGUGUCCCAUGCGCGGGGCAUGCUGCAGCGCGCCGGCGUGUCCGAGGCCGCGCUGACAUGCGGCGGACACCCUGCGAUCUCGGAGGCCGUGAACAACGGGUGGAUCCGCACCGGCCUCACCCCGACAGGGAUACACAACAACUGCUCGGGCAAGCACGCGGCGCUGAUCACCGCCGCCGAGGUGCUCGGCGCCGGACACAGCGGGUACGAGCUGCCGGAGCACCCGAUCCAGGAGCGCGUCCGCCUGUGCGUGUCGGCCACGUCGGGCCUCGCGCAGCACGACAUCCGGUGGGGCAUCGACGGCUGUAACCUCCCUGCGCCGGCGCUGCCGCUGCGCAACCUCGCGCGCAUGUUCGCGGUGUUUGCGCUGUCGUCGGACGGCGCCAAGGCCAACGGCCACGCCAACGGCCACGCCAACGGCCACGCCAACGGCCACGCCAACGGCCACGCCAACGGCCACGCCAACGGCGCGCCGCCCGAAACAAAAGCAGCGGCAGCCGAGUUCGACGCAUCAAAAGCCAUGGCGCGCAUCUUCGACUCCAUGGCCACAAACGCAUACUACGUCGCCGGCGAGGGACGCUUCUGCACCGACCUGAUGACCGCCUUCGGCGGCGCACUGAUCGGCAAGGUCGGCGCGGACGGGUGCUAUGGCGUCGGUGUCCGCGGCGACGCCAGCCCGACCGGCAAACCCCUCGGUGUAGCGGUCAAGAUCGAGGACGGCGACCGCACGGCGCUGUACGCUGCCGUCUGCGAGAUCCUCGAGCGGCUCGGCGUUGGCAGCGCUGCCCAGCGCGCCAAGCUCGGCAAGUACCACCAUGUCGCGCGCACAAACUCGUCGGGCGUCAAGAUCGGCUCGCUGGCGUUCGACUUUGAUCUGAGGGACGCUUAG